CACUCAACUGCAAAAACACACUGCUAGUCGCAGUCGCUGGCAUCUUGGGCGUAGCUCUGCUAGAAAAGCACUAAAGUGCAAACCCUCGGCGAAAUGGGCAUGCGCGGUACGGCUAAUUGAUAGGCUGGGUUGCUAGAUUUAGUAUGCGUUUGCUCGUGGUCUCCCGCUAGUAGCUCGCAGAGAGUCUGUAGUAGAUAGUCGAUACACGCCCUUCGAUGUGACUUAGAGCAAGCGGACCCGGUCGAGGUUAACAUGGGAAAAGAGGCUCCAGGGUCUGUUGCACGUGUAGAGCCACACAGAACACAUCGAUUCCCAGUCAUGAUAGUAACAACUCUCCUUUCUCAGCCCAGAUCUCUGCGCAGGAACAAGCUAGAGCGUCCGUUAUUUUUCUCACACACUACGUUCCCCGUAGACAUUCUGGAGCCGGACCGAACGGAGACUCUGAAUGUGACGUCACGUUCAAUUAUCUCGCCCACAUUGCAUUCGUGCAACUGCAGGCCCGUAUAAGGUCGCGUCGAAAGGAAAACCGCAAUCGAGAAAGAACAGAGCUGCACGUCCGUCGUUUGGUUGUCGUCUUCUACUGACAGUUUCGAAAAAGAAAAUCGCCACAGAGAGUUGUUUAUCCCUUCAAGAGGCCAGUGAUUGCAGUGGAUGAUCAAGUCAUGGCUCCAAGAGGAGGUGAAAUUCUCAUGCUGCUUCUACUAGUUCCAGCACACUGUUUUGCGCAAGAGAUUCUCCAUGCUCCCGAGAGUACAACCGUCUUUCUAAACCAAUCAGCAGUUUUUACAUGUGAGGCAAGAGGCGGCAAGACUCUGUGGAGAAUCAAUGGAACACAACGAGAGCUCCUUUUGCCUGUACUCUUUGAUCUGGUUGUCUCAGAGAUUACUACUCCUGAAGGUGUUUUGGUGACGAAUCUGACCAUCCCAGCCAGAGCCCAGUACAAUGGAACUAUAGUUCAGUGUCUGUCAGGGGUAUUUGGUGGCCCCUUCGUGGAGAGUGACAAUGCCACUUUGGCCAUUCAAGGUCCACUGUCAGCAGUAGGUGAUUUGAAAGUUGAUGCUAAAAAUGGCACCUCUUCGACCAUCUCAUGGACUGCUCCAUUCUCUCUGGAUGUGACUGGUGUUGAUCCUGAUAUCUGGUACUCUGUCCUCAUCUACAAUGUGACAGAUGAGAAAAACCUAACAGCUAUCCUCUGUACUGACUGUAUCAAUAUCACUGAGACACACUACACCUUCACUCCUGACUACCUCAGUCCUUGUCAUGUGUACAUAUUCUCUGUCAUCCCUCUGAAUGGAGCUGGCCAGGGAGAGAGCAGUCCCAACAUUACUGAUGAAACCAAAUUUCCUGAAGUGGAAGUUGAAGCCCUGAAUGAUAGCCAUUGUGAAGUUGCAUUCAGUCAUGAGCAAGUGCACACUGUAUCUGUUUAUAAUGAUACGGUUGAAUUUGAUGCCAACAAUGGUACAAAUGGAACUGUUUUCAUUCUACCUGCUGAUGGAGAAUACAGUGCUACCAUUGAAGAUCCCACGGCCUGUGGAAAAGAAAAGAUAAACAAAUUCACAACCUAUGAUGUUCAAGAGCCCCAUGCAGAGUCAACUGAUGGUAGAAAGAUUGUGGUAAACGGAGUGCUCAUUGGUAACUCGCGUGCAAAGGGAUGCUUUGUAGUGAUUCAGUGCAAUUUCAGUACUCAAAUUACCUUUAUUGCAUUGAAGCGUAAUGGAGAAAAUCGGAGACUCUCUGGGGCAAUCUCAACGCCUACGUCAAAUUACACUGUUUAUAUGCAUGAUCUGGAGAAAGAUGGACUUCCAAAUGUACAUCCAGCUAACCUUGUCCCUUUUAGUGUUGAUAUUACGCGUGGUGACGAAAAACACCAAGCUCCUAAUGAUGAGAACCUGAAGAAUGCCAGCAUCUCCCUGCUUGGCUCAAGUUUGGAAAUCACCUGUACUCCUGAUGAGCAGAGUGCAUCAUGUAUUCUGGUCUACAGAGCAUAUGGCAAAUAUAUGUUGAACUGUGAAGAAACAUUUCCUGUUGUAAUCAAUCUUGAUCCUGACAUGAACUACACAUUUGCACUGUUCAGAAGGAUAAACAACAAUACUGAUGAAAGGCCAUUUUUAAACAUGUUUUUCGAGGGAAAAGAGGAUCCUUCACAACAACACCCAUUAUCAGCUGGGAUAAAAGAUGGUGGAGAAAGAGCUAAAACCACACCAUCAAUUUUAGCUGUCAUUCUUGGAGUCUUGGUGGCUUUGUGCUGUUUCAUUCUUCAGUUUGGUUGCACUGCUCCACUGAUGGGCAGGAUGGAUGAGGACGGUUGUAGUAAAAAAGGGAGUAAAUAUGCAAUGGUGGAGACCAGUUUACCAGUAGUGAGACCUUCUAUCCCACAUGCAAUACAGUCCAGGACCAGGAGAUUGACAUCAGCGUUAGUCAUGUCGGCUGAUUAUCACAUGAUAGUCACAUGACUCAUGUUAUGUACAUCCUGUCUCUCUCCUCAGAGAAUGGCUCGUUCUCAAUAUGCUGAGUCGGGACCUCUUCCUACCAACAAACCCAAAACUUUCGAUGUGGAUACCAAGACACAGUGUCCUUACGUCACAGUCCUACCUAAUGACACUACUCCUGUCUAUGACAAUGCCAACAUCGACAAGAGGUAUGCGGACAAGGCAACACCCAAAGGACCCCCUACAGUGGAGUCAGUGAUGUCACUGUUGUGCACCCAUGAAAGGCAUUUAAUAUCAAGCAGCGUAUAUAAUAUUAUAACCUGUGUAAUUGUACAGCUUACAAUAAUGGAUAUACACACCAGCAUAUCUGUGGUUCACUGUGCAGUAUUACUUGUGUAUUGAUACCAUGUACCCUAUGUGUUAUACCCUGCUGUAUAUCCCAUUUUACAUCAUGUGUAUUUUGAUAGUAUUUUUGCUGUUUUCAAUAUGCCAUACAAUGUA